GUCUUGGCAGACUUGACGCAGCGGCGGGCUGUGGGUGGGUGGUUCCGUCGGCGGUGUCGCUCGGUUGUUGUUCAGAUCAAGAUGGCUGCUGUUGUUGCGGAUGGAGAAUGAGCACAGGCUGUCAUCCGAACACAGGCCGAGGAAACGCGGACGAAAACGCCGAGUAACAGGCAUCGAAACCCGGAGCUUACUUUGCCCGGACAGCCUCGUCCAAUAACGAUUCACUUGAAGGUAAAGACCGGUCUUUUCUUUCGUUUUUACCGUCAGCAUCCCUCCGUGUCAUCGAUUAGCGUUUGAUUGACACUUGUGACGUUGCCGAAUCGAUGAGAAAAAAAUCACAGUAAUGAUUAUAUGUUUUAUUUCUGCAAAAAAGAGCUGUGAAAUAUGUUUUAAAGAGAACAAAUGGAGGUUAGUCUUUGCGUAAAAUCAGUGUCUCCUGUGUGACAGAAUGAAGGUUAUUCAGGUUACUGCGGUGUUUACACAGACAUACCGUCACUGCCGCUGAAAUAACAUUAUGACUCCAGUUUAACGUUAAUAUACAGAUAUAUAUCAAAAAUAAACCUUCUCUGUGCCAUUAAUGCAAAUGGGACAAAUAAAUAGAGCUCGAUCAAACACGGUGUGAUAGUUUGUUGUAUUUGCAUCGACGAUUGUGUUAAAAAUAUAAUAAGUGAAGCUGAUUGUAUAGAUAAGGUGUAUGAAAGCUUAAAAACAGGUGCAGAAAAUAAAUAGUGGAAUAAACUGUGAAAGCACUCUAUCACAUAUGAAAAACACUGACAAAAGUCCUCCUAGUUCUUUAUCAUGCCUUGUUUAUAAUUAGAAAAAAAUGAACAUAGGUGAACAGGUGAUCAAUCAAUAAACAGUAACAAAGAUUAAAAAACGAUAAACAAAAAGACAAAAGAGGACAAGAAUUCACUGUAAUAACAAUUCUAUUAAAGCCCAAAUAAAGAAAACUAGUAUUUUUGUAUAUCCCAACAGUUUGUGAAGAACAUGAAUAAAAAUAUUUUUGUGUAAUAACUGAAUCAUUGCACUUAAAGACUAAUAAGAAACAACCCAAUAAAAUUUACCUUCGAUAAUGUUUGAGCAUUUUUUGUUCUUUUGAAUCCUCUUGAGCUUAAUAAACUUAAACUACACUAAUUCAAUAGCAGUUAUCACAUUAUAUAACAUUGGCUCAAAAUAUAAAAUGUUUAAAAUCAAGAAGUGACUUAAAAAAAUUAUAACUGUUAAAUUUUUAUUUUUUAUACAUUAUGUGUCACUAAAGAUGUCAUGCUUAUUGUUUCUGAACUUUAAGAGAUUUUUAUGGAAAAUCCUAAACACUGACUAAGAGACUUCAUUGCACUACAAUACGCACAGUGCCUCCUCUAUAGUGUAUUUAUUAUUGUAAACAAUCAGAGAUGGUCUUUUAUGCUUCAGCUUUAAAUCUGAGCAUGAUGAUUAAAACGAAUUAUAGUCAGUACUCUAAUAUGCAAACACUGGCUCCUUUUUCUUUUUAAUACCAGAUUUGUUUGUCUACUUUUUAGUUUUAAGCACUUUUAUUAUCAGUUGUAUGUAACUCUGUGUAACUCUCUACAAUAAAUGCCACUUAUCAAUUUUAUUUAUUAUUCAGCUUUAUUCUUCUUAUUAAUAACUCCUUUGGAGUUGCAGAUGAUCGAUUGUGCAGCUUGGAGAUUAUUUCCAUGGUAACAGCAGCUCCUCUCCGAUUGGUGGGACUUGUAGCAAUUGUGGUAAUGAAACAUUAUUGAUCUGGAGGAGAGUUGCGGGUCAAAUAGAGCUGAGCUGUGAUUGGCUGGUGGCCUCUACAGGUAGUUUCCAUGGUUACUGUGCAGUCUGUCACCCGCAUGAAAGCUACUUCAUCAUGAGUGACUUUACUGAAGUGAUAUCAGCGGCCUGCAGAGCUGACUGGAGGUCGGUUUAAAGAGCACACAUGUAAGGAAGCUGCUGAGGGUCAAACUUCAAACAGACUGCACUCUGUGGAGGGUGUAAAUAUCAUGGACAGUUAAUUAUUCAGAACUUCUCUGAUUACCAACAAAGAUGUUAAAUUUAUGUGGAUCAUAAGAAGCCGAAAACUGUAGGUCCUUUGGUCCACUAAAGGCAAUCCCAUAGAGCCCCAUGUUGAAAAGUCAAAUUUACAAACAUGAAAUAAAGAUGUUAUAUGUAUUGGAUGUCACCUGAUUACUUUAGAUUAAGAUAGAAAUAAUCAAGAUAGCAGCAGCUUAAAGGUUAAAAUGUCAGUCUUUAAAUAGGUCUCCCUUUAACUCCCUGUAAGGGCAACACACACCCGUCAUAUCUGCUGUUGGCGUCCUAUGUUUGUGUGUAAAGUCAGACAGGUGAAAGAUGGAGAACAGAUCGAAGAAUAUGUUUCUGGAUCAAAUUUAGCACUAUCCAAAGUUACAAGUACGUGAUAAAGGAGCUGUUAGUGUGGUAGUGCUGAAGUGUUGUUGUUAUGUCUCCUGCCUUUAGGGGGCGCAGUGACAAACCGCAAAUAUGGACACCACCACAUCCAUCAAGAUGACCACUCUGGCCAUCCAGAACCUCUUCAGCUACGUGGAGGAGGAGAACCUGGAUGCCCUCAAAGCUCAUCUGGACCGCUUCAAGGAGGUUGACGGGCGAAGUGAUGUACGUGGAAGGAUUCACAAUGACUGAGCAGUAGCGUUAACUUCUAUAUACAAGUCUUCAGUUCAAAAGUUUUACUCAUUUUAAAAAAAAUUAAACUCAGAUUUUAAGUGGAGAAGAUACUUUUUUACUUGAUUUCAGUAUUUUAAGCCUUUUUCUCUUUCUUUUUAUUGUUUUCUCCAGUUUUCCUUCAUAUUUCUGCUCUGUUGUCUGAUCUUUCUGUGUGUUUUCCUGUCGACAGAACGGUCAGACCCCUCUCAUGCUUGCGGCAGAGCAGGGCAGUCUGGAGAUCGUUCAGGAGCUGAUCAGGAGGGGAGCCAACGUUAACCUGGAUGAUGUGGUGAGCAAAUCAAACGCUCCUCUUACACUCUCAGUCUUUGUUUCUCACCUGGAUCAUAAACAUCAGUUUUUCUGAUUCCCACUCUCAUCACCGUCUUACCUUGAUGCUGCGGUUGCUAGGAGACAGACGGGUUAAUCACGAGUCACUUGUUUCUAUGGUAACCUCCCCCUCCUCCUCUCUCUCCCUCAGGACUGCUGGUCGGCUCUGAUCAGUGCAGCUAAAGAGGGUCAUGUGGAUGUGGUGAAGGAGCUGCUGGAGAACAGCGCCUACAUCGAGCACAGAGACAUGGUGAGGUCACAUGACUGCCAGACAGUCUGCACUAAGACUCUUGUAGUAAUCAGAAAAAAAAGGAAAUUCAGCGUCAAUAAAGGCCCAAAUUUAAAAAAAAAAUAACAGCUGCAACAUCACAUGUCUGCACUGAAAAUACAAAACACAGAAGCAUUUUUAAAGCAGAGCUGUGACACUUAAUUCUCAAUACUUGACUUAACUUGAUCCAGUGAAGUCUAAAUGAACAUUCGUACUGUUGCUGUGAAUGAUUUCGUGUUUCAGGGCGGCUGGACGGCUCUGAUGUGGGCGGCUUAUAAAGGUCGUGUGGAUGUUGUGAACCUGCUGCUAGAGCAUGGAGCGAAUCCCAACACGACAGGACAGGUAACACACAAACACACACAAACACUCACACUCAACUCAUUCAAAUAAAUCCAUGUGAGGAUAUGUUGUGUUUUAGAUCAGUCAAGUUCAACACAGAGUUACUCACGUCAUAAAUCCAACUGUUGAAGCUCAGUGAAGUCGUUAAAAAUUCCAGAACUUGUCACACUAACACCUGCUGUUUGUCUGUGUGUGUGUGUGUGUGUGUUACACAUGCAUGUGUGCAGCAGUACAGUGUGUAUCCCAUCAUCUGGGCUGCAGGUCGAGGGCACGCAGAUAUUGUCAAAAUUCUGCUGGAGAACGGAGCCAAAGUGAACUGUUCAGACAAGGUGAGAAUAAACAACAACACAUCAUGCAAACACCAACACUUAACUACACAAAACUGUAACAAUAUGGGAAAGUACAUACUGUAAAUGUUUCCUGUGUGUGUGUCUUGUGUGUGUGUGUCAGUAUGGAACCACCCCUCUGAUCUGGGCCUCCAGGAAAGGACACUUUGACUGUGUGAUGCACCUGCUGGAGAACGGAGCUGAUGUUGACCAGGAGGGGGCGGUAUGUCCACACCCUUCAUGAUACUGCAAUCAUUACCACAAACACCACAUUAUCACAACAUCUGUUAGAAACUAAGUUAAAAAUACACAAAUAUUGAAGCAAAACUAAACUCCUCUCUCAUCCUGAGAUCUUCUGUAAAGGUUCUGGUCCAGUAUUUGUUCAAACCAGAUCCUCCUGCUCAGGUGUUUCUACCUAAACCUGAUCACAUCUCUGUUGUCUCUGUGUGCAGAACUCCAUGACGGCUUUGAUCGUGGCAGUGCGCGGCGGCUACACAGAGGUGGUGAAGGAGCUGCUAAAGAGGAACCCAAAUGUCAACAUGACCGACAAAGACGGGAACACAGCGCUCAUGAUCGCAGCGAAGGAGGGCUACACCGAGAUUGUCCAGGACCUGCUGGACGCGGGGACAUACGUCAACAUCCCAGACCGGGUAAGAGGUGUCGCGCCGCAUGAUGACCUCACAGUUUUUGAUGAUUUAAAAAAAACUGCUGCUGAGCGAUAAAACUGAGAUUAAACCAUCGUUUAUGUCACAGAGCGGAGACACGGUGCUGAUCGGAGCAGUGAGGGGAGGUCACGUGGAGAUCGUCAGAGCGCUGCUGCAUAAAUAUGCCGACAUCGACAUCAGAGGACAGGUGAGGAGAGGUGAAAUGAAAGCGAGUGAGCAGCUCUGGGGUUUGGUUUUGAUUUACUUAAAGGCCAAGUUCAGGUGAUCUGAAUCAGCAUCCGAGAACAAAAAAGAGUAACAAGGAAAGUUCGACAGGUCCACAUGGAGAGAGUAAGACAGAUACCGUCAUGGAUUUGAGCUAAAAACAAGAACAAGACAAAUGUGGUUCGGCUUUAACAUCCGAAACCAUGAACCUGACUGAGGAUCAGUGUAAUGAUGGGUUCUGUGUUUGUUCGUGUCUCAGGAGAAUAAAACAGCUCUGUACUGGGCUGUGGAGAAAGGAAACGCCACCAUGGUGAGAGACAUCCUGCAGUGUAACCCAGACACAGAGACCUGCACCAAGGUGAGACCACAGACACCCCAGAUACAAGCCACACACACCCCUAUUCUUCAUAGUCAUAUGUCAGAUCUGUGACUCUGUGUUUCCCGCCAGGACGGAGAGACGCCGCUGAUUAAAGCCACCAAGAUGAGGAACAUUGAGAUCGUGGAGCUGCUGCUCGAUAAAGGAGCCAAAGUGUCUGCUGUGGACAAGGUGAGAGAGGAUUACAGAACUAAAUAAGGUGAAGUAACCAAAGAGGCUUGAAAAUAAUAAAGGAGGAAAAGAGGUGUUUCUAGAAUCUAACUUUAAACACUCAGGACAACAGGAAAUGAUUACAUCUAAAGAUACCAGAAAAACAACAUCACUCCAUCCCUCCUCAGGUCCUCUCUUCUCCUCUUCUGCCUGUGCCUAAUUUUUUUCUGUCUGACCUUUUCUUCUUCCAGAAAGGAGACACUCCCCUCCACAUUGCCAUCCGUGGGCGGAGCCGCCGCCUGGCUGAGCUCCUCCUCAGAAACCCCAAAGAUGGCCGCCUGCUGUACCGGCCCAACAAGGCGGGAGAGACGCCGUACAACAUCGACUGCAGCCACCAGAAGAGCAUCCUGACGCAGAUCUUUGGAGCUCGUACGUUCACUCUGAAUCCUGCAGAAACACAGAGGUAUAACAAAACCAGACUGUGUGUGUGUAAUAAUACACACCUGUGUGUCCUGCAGGUCACCUGUCCCCCACAGAGACAGACGGGGACAUGUUGGGUUACGACCUGUACAGCUCUGCUCUGGCCGACAUCCUCAGUGAGCCCACCAUGCAGCCGCCCAUCUGUGUGGGUCUGUAUGCUCAGUGGGGCAGCGGCAAGUCCUUCCUGCUCAAGAAGCUGGAGGGUGGGUUUAAAACACACUUACACACACGCGUAUAUUUAUAUAUUUAUAAAUCAGAUACUGAAUUUCCUCUACCUGCUCAGACGAGAUGAAGACGUUUGCCGGGCAGCAGAUCGAGCCACUGUUUCAGUUUUCCUGGCUCGUUGUUUUCCUGUCUGUGCUACUCUGCGGCUCCGUCGCUGUCGUCCUUGGCUUCACCGUCGACCCAAAGCUCGCCAUGGCAGUGUCACUCAGCCUGCUCGCCCUGCUGUACCUCUUCUUUGGUGAGAAACAACCCAUUUUCCUCCAUCUGCCAUAUUUAGAGUCUGUCUUCUUCUAAGCAUUUUAGUGAAGCUUCCACCAGCAAAGUCAUCUGAAAGUUUAUUUUUCUGUCCUUCCUCAGUGGUGGUGUACUUCGGUGGACGUCGGGAGGGCGAGAGCUGGAACUGGGCGUGGCUCAUCAGCACCCGCCUGGCGCGUCACAUUGGGUACCUGGAGCUGCUGCUCAGGCUGAUGUUCGUGAACCCGCCUGAGCUGCCGGAGCAGAGUACCCGAGCGCUGCCUGUCAGGUAACAGUGACGCCUUCAGGAAUGCACUCAGGGAGAAAACACAGACACGCUUUCAUGAUGAUGACGGUGUCUUUUUUGCAGGUUUCUGUUUACUGACUAUAAUCGGCUGUCGAGUGUCGGAGGAGAGACGUCGAUGGCUGAGAUGAUUGCUACGCUCUCUGACGCCUGUGAGAGGGAGUUUGGCUUCCUCGCCACGCGUCUAUUCAGAGUCUUUAAAACGGAGGAGACACAGGGUAACACAUGUGCGAAUGCAAACUCACACACACUCUGAAACACACACACACACACACACUGUCUGAGCUCCUCCUCUUUUGUGUGUCUGCAGGUAAAAAGAAGUGGAAGAAGACAUGUUGCAUCCCGUCCUUCAUCCUCUUCACCUUCGUGCUCACCUGCCUGCUCACUGGCAUGGCGCUGCUCGCCGUCUUUAAGGUGGACGGGGAGAACCGCACGGUAAACGCCGUGCUCAUCGCCAUCGCCAGUGUGGUUGGCCUCGCUCUGCUGCUGAACGUCAGGACGUGGUGGCAGGUGACAGAUUCAGUGCUGAACUCUCAGAGGAAGAGGCUCCACAGCGCCGCCAACAGGAUGCACAAGCUGAAGAGCGAGGGCUUCAUGAAGGUGAGACCCGGGAGAGUUAGGGGGCUUUUAUUUUGAAGGUAGGAUAGGGGAGUGUGGGGGCUUUUAUUUUAUUGCUGGGGCUGGGGAGAGUUGGGGGCUUUUAUUUUGAAGGUGAUUCAGAUCAUGUGACAAAUCGUGAUGUUGUCUCUCAGGUGCUGAAGAAUGAGGUGGAGCUUAUGGCGAGGAUGGCGAAGACCAUCGAUGGAUUCACCCAGCAUCAGACGAGGCUGGCGGUCGUCAUUGACGGUCUGGACUCCUGUGAGCAGGACAAAGUGCUGCAGAUGCUCGACACGGUUAGGAGAUGUUGAUGGAAAAACUUAUACAGCUUCUUUAAAAACUGAUUCAGAGGAGUCUGGCUUUCCAAGGCUCUGUGGGGUUUUAGAUAUUGAUCAGGAGAAAUGGGCUGUAGGCGUGUCCUAGGCGGGUCACUCAGUCGUUUGUGUUUGUUCGUCCUUCAGGUACGGGUGCUCUUCUCCAAAGGCCCCUUCAUCUCCAUCUUUGCCAGCGACCCACACAUCAUCAUCAAGGCCAUCAACCAGAACCUGAACAGCGUGCUGCGAGACUCCAACAUUAACGGACACGACUACAUGAGGAACAUCGUCCACCUGCCCGUCUUCCUCAACAGCAGAGGACUCUCCAGCGCCAAGAAGAUGUGUGCCGCCGCGCCGGCUAACGGGGAGGCCGCCAACACAGAUGGUAACCAUGGCAAUGAUGCUACAUUAAUAGAUAAGUUAAGGUUUGCUAAAUAAUGUGUGCUGGGCUUCCACUUUCUCUCUAACGUCCAGCAGGGAGCGACUGAUAACUCAAACUGUAGUUUCAAUUCUCUACUCCAGUGUGAUAUUUGCUUAGUAACGUACGGUCCUGUUUAAAAUCAUAGAGACCAGAAAUAAGACAGAGGGCACCUCAGGUUGAUGAAAAGGUUCAGUAAAUAUCUUGUCUUAUAUUCAGUUGUAUGUAAAGACAUUCUGAGGAGACCAUUGUUUAUUUUUCUGUUCAGAAUAUUUGUUGUCUGUUGUAAGUCAGCAAAAAUUUACAUCUGAACUGACCAAGAAUUUCUUAAACAAAGUUUGUUCAAACUUCUAUCACUUCCACUGUUCAUCAGUUAUGACUUUCCCCUGAACUGAAGAUGUUUAACAUUCUCUAGAGUAAAUUUAUUUAUGAAUAAAGAUAGAUACCUUUUUGUCAACCCCUCCUUGCACUUGAGCUCCGCCUCUUGCCCAAACAUGGUCAUUUCUGGUUUUGAUAUUCAGAUAAAGGCAGAAAAAAAUCAAACUUAAGGCUUUAAACAGUAACUAAAAAUCAGUGAUCUCACUGAUUCUUGGUUUGCUUUUUUAAUGCAAACUGACUGAAUAAUGAAUAAUAAAAUAAUAACAGUACAAAUUUUAUAUCUGUGUGUGUGUGUGUGUGUGUGUGUGUGUGUGUGUGUGUGUGUGUGUGUGUGCAGGUUGGCACGAGGAACUAGACAGAAAACUGUCUCAGCACAGUUUGGGAGAGUUGACCAAGUUUGGCAGCAAGACCACGCUGAACCGCAGGGUAAGUGUGUGUUUGUGUGUGUGAGAUGAAUUUAUCACCAUCUCUUGUGUGUUUUUGUUCGAUUAAAUAAAAGCAGCUGCUGUGUUUCUCCUCAGGAGUUUUCUUUUUUUUUUUUUUUAAUUUUCUUCUUGCAGCAGAUCAGUUAAUUAAAAAUAUUUUUUAUACAUUUAAGGACAGAAUGAGAAUUUUAAGUCAAACACAGAAGUCAGUCAAUGGUUUUUAAUUCUUUGAUCAUGUGACCUGUGCCUCCAGGACACAUACCGGCGGCGUCAGGUGCAGCGCUCGGUGACCCGCCAGAUGUCGUUUGACCUGACAAAGCUGAUGGUGACAGAGGAUUGGUUCAGCGACAUCAGCCCGCAGACCAUGAGGAGGCUGCUCAACAUUGUCUCAGUCACAGGUCAGAGAUUAACCAAACACUGGAUAAAUAUCAUAUCUGAUCACCAGUAGAGGCGGGGCCAGAUGAACAUAUUUUCUGGUACUUCAUUAAAAAGAUCAUCAAAGUCUCGGACUCUCUUAGAUCAUGAACUCCAACCUCAGCAGGAUGAGUGUCCAGAGUAGAAACAUCUCCUCUUUCCAGGUCGUCUGCUGCGGGCCAAUCAGAUCAGCUUCAACUGGGACCGCCUAGCGUCCUGGAUCAACCUGACGGAGCAGUGGCCCUACAGGACAUCUUGGCUCAUUCUGUACCUGGAGGAGACUGAUGGAGUCCCAGACCAGGCCACACUGAAGAGCAUCUACGAGAGGUCAGAGGUCGCCCUCAGAGUUAAAAACACAUUGAACUGUAACACAAAUAACAUCGUAAACCUGAAACAUGGAGCAGACCGUCAGUGUGUCUCCUCUGUGAUUCUGUUUCAGGGUUUCCAAAAACAUCCCGACAACUAAAGACGUGGAGCCACUGCUGGAGAUCGAUGGAGACGUCCGCAGCUUUGAGGUCUUCCUGUCGUCCAGAACACCCGUCCUCAACGCCAGAGACAUCCGCACGUUCCUACCCUGUACCGUCAACCUGGACCCUAAGCUGAGGGAGAUCAUAGCAGGUAAUUAUACUGCAAAAAGUACUACAACUACUGCAAACACUGCUUUAAUCUAAGGAAGAGUGUCUCAGUAGAUGCUUUUACUGGUAAUAAUAGAGCACCAGACUCAGAGAUCAUAGUGAGUAUUUAUACUGUAAAAAAGUACCAAAAACACACAUAAUACUGUAACAAAAACUGCUGUAAUCUCAGGAGAAUCUUUACACAAGUACAACUGGUGUAAAGAUUGGAACAAAAGUUUUCAGAGCUCAGAUCAUCAUUUAUACUGGCGCCGUAAUUUCUCUGAUACUACACUGAUGUUUUCUCUGAUCCAGAUGUGCGAGCUGCCCGGGAGCAGAUGAAUAUGGGCGGGGUUUCAUACCCACCCCUCCCCCUGCAGGAGCCUCAGCCCCGCCCCACCUCCAUGUACUCUCAGGUGUCAUCGACGUGCUCUCCCUCAGCCUCCUUCAGCGGGCCAUUUAACCAGCCAGCAGGUGGCGUGGUGUCCCCGCAGCCUCACAGCAGCUACUAUAGCGGCAUGGCUGGACCACAGCACCCCUUCUACAACAGGGUGAGUACAGGCCCCGCCCACAGGCUGCUGAUGUCAUUCACAGUGACGGGUCAAUCCACAUUAAAGUCUAAAACCUAGUCUCAGACUGGAUGGGGACUCUCCUGGUUGGCUGUGUGGUAGGUAAGGCUGUGACGUCAGGACACAGCAGCUCACCUGGUCAAGUUUCACCUUUUUUUUUUUCAUUUGUGUUUUUUUGUUGCUCUGUGUUGUCGGUCUGUGUUUACAGUGAAUCUCUACUGUGACUUCAACAACCAAUUAAAACGCAGUCAUUUAAAACUCUGGUUAUAUGGUUCUUUUGAGGCAGAUUCCUGCGUUCUCAUAUCCAUGAAAUUAGCAGUAAAAUUUCUGCUUAAGUUGACAUUUUAACAUGAAGUUCAAUGAGAAUUUACUCACUUUGUGACAUAGCCUCUAGUGGACACUUAAAGAACUGCAGUUUUUGGACUGUGUCGUCUAGUAUUUUUUGCUCCUGAAAGAGACAGCUUGGUGUAGAUAUAAAAAAAAAUGAUACAUUGAAGACAAUCAAAAAAAAGCUUGUCCUUAAUUUGCACUCUGUUUCUUUCACCGUGUCGAUCACAUAAUAACUGACCAAAUUUACUGCUUGGUUUGGAGCCUUUGAUUUAAAUGAUCAUACUGUCAUCAAAACAUUCAAUCAGUUCCUUAAAUAAACCAAAACUUAUUUAUUCCUUCAGUUACGGUAAAUCAAACCUCCAGCAGGGAUUCACUGUCUGAUCCAACUGUUUUUAAGUUGCCUCCUUUUCAUUGUUUCACGUAAAACCAUCUCCAUGAACAUUAUUUUGAUUUUCUGCCCCUCCUACCUUCAGCCAUAUUUCCCCCAACACCUUUACCAGCUGCCACGCCCCCUCGUGGCUCCCUCCUACACAUCAUACCUCCAUCCACGCCCUCCACGCAAAAGCUCCUUCAGUCGGGACACCGUCGCACCUGUGAGUACAUCACGCCUCAGCCUGAGUUCAUGGAAGGUUCAUAACGGCUGAUUAAAUCAAUAAUCAGAGUUUUUCCACGAAGAUCACGCUGUUUUUUUUUUCUCAUUGUGUUACCUUCUUUUAUCGUCUUUAUGAAGAACAUAAUAUCAGAUGAUUAAAAGGUAAAAUUAGAGGAUGAACAAACUUUCAAAGUUACAUUUUAAAUACAUGAAUAAACUCAUAAAUCAUUAGUAUUAUUCACAAGCAAACCCCAGAGAAAAAUAUGCAAAGAUAAGUACAGAUAAAAUCAAAGAUUUUAUAAAGAAAUAACUUGAAUAAAAAAUAGGUGACUACCUUUGAGCAAAGAAAGCAUGUCUAAGAUGUAAACUGAAACAUGAAAUUGUUGUGUUUCAUGUAGAGAUUUCAUACAAUUGCGCUCUUCCUUAAUGGUGUUGAGCAAUUUUUAAAAAAUAUUUUGUGAAUAUUACACAAGGGUCUUGAUUAUUUAUGUAUUGUAUGACUGCAAAACUGCGCUGAGAAAGUUAAAAAGUAAAAGUAGAUAAAAUAUGAAAAGGACUUUAAGUAAGUUCUGUCUGAGAAAAGCUUUUAUAUACUUAGAUUUUGAGGAGUUCAGCAUCAGACAAACACCAAACAGAGCUUGUUGAAAUGAGUCAAAAUCAGUCUGCACUUCAAAAGAACGUCACUGGUUGACAGGGCAGAGGAUUAUAUUAUCAUAUCAUCUGCAUAAAGAUUCAAUGUAAAAUGUUAUUUUAAACUGUAUAGUAAGUAUAGAAGUGGUCCAAGCAUAGAUCCCUGGGGUACUCCCUCCAUAAAGAAUGACUUUACAUCAUCUGCAGCCAUCGCUUGAGUUCUGUCAGAUAAUUGCAUAACCAGUUGCAUCUGGAGACACAAAAUGGGACAUUUGACUGAAUCAGAGACCACUUGUAGGUCAACGUGAAGGUUAAAACAUUUGAUUCAUUAUAAAAAUAAAUAAAACAUUCUCAUCAAGAUUCAUAAUUUAACAAACUGUUGUGGACAUACUACCACUAAAUUUAGUUUUACUUGGCUAAAUUAAAUUUUUAUAAGUAAACUUUAAAGUUUGUGAAGUUUGAAUCAGAAAAGACCACUUUUUAACCACUAACAUUAGACAUGUAUUUUAUUUAUUUAUUUAUCUGGCACUAAUGAGCGUAUGUAGUUCUGCCCCCUAACCCCAGUAAAGACUCUGCUGCUUAUUUCUAUAAUUUCUAUUUUUAAAGCUUUGAAUUACCACCAGCUUUUAGUUUCUCACUCCUUUUCUUCUCCUGCUGUUUUUGACAAAAAGGUGAGACCAACUCUUCUCCUUCGUCUUCUUCUUCUUCUUCUUCUUCUUCUCUUUCUUCUGUGGUUUUGAACUGUGUUCUUAUUGCCUAAGGGUACAUUUCUGGUGUCUUCUUCUUCUUCAGAACUGAAAAAAACAUCUCCUUCCUGCUCUGCCCUUAAGUCACCUGUGUUUUCCAGAUGUUUCUCUCUAGCCGUGUAUCAUUCCUCACCUGUCUGCUUGUCUACCUGUGUGUCUGUCUGUCUUGUCUGUCCUUAUGUCUGUCCUUAUGUCUGUCUGCAGUAUAAGGUCUCAUCUUUAAAAAGGAAGCAGGUAUUGAACUCUCUCCAGCAUCACCUCUUUCCUUCCUUACUUUCUUCCCUUUGCCCUUGCUCGACAAACCACACUUCCCAGCAUGCAACUUGUCUGCCCAGUCUAGCCUGUAGCUUAUGUAGAGAAGACGCCUGCUGGCCUCUUUGUUUUAAUGAAACGUUUGGUUUGACCUUUGACCCUUUUACCUCCCUUAAAAUCCCUCUACUGUCUUUCUUAGCCUCCUCUACCACCACCUCCUCACCUGUGACCCCUCCCUCCACAUCACCCAGGUGUCCCACAGUGUCCCCUCCUGCUCACUGUAGAGAAACAUCAGUUUAAAAAAAACAGCAACCAUAUGACACAAAAUAUGUGCGAAAUGUUUACAGUUUAUUAUUUCAGUUUUUAUUAAGGGAUUUAAAAGCUCUUUUAAAGCUUUUUAACCAAUAAUGCCAAACUGCAACAAGUUUGAGUGUUAAACAAAGAAAGGAGACCCAAACCAAAGUUCAUUAAAUGUUUCACAAGCAACAUAAAGUUUCAACAAGUAUUUAAACUCAUACUGACUCAGUUCUGCAGUUUAAAACCAGUCGAGUCUUCCAGAAAAAUGUCCAAAAAUCCUUGAAGCUUUCCCUCCCAGCUCAGACUACAAAUUGCCCAACAUCCAUCAAAUGACGGCUGUAAACACUGUCUUUUAGGGUUCAAAGGGAGGAAAGAUAGUUCGGUAUUUUGCCCAGAUUAGUUUUAUAAAUUCUUUGUCAAUUGUGUCAGAAAAGAUUCAAUAGUUUAAAAGCAAAAUAAGUGUAAUUGUUAAAAUGUUGCUUUGUUUUGACCAGUUAAGAGCUUCUAUCAGCCUUAAAAAACCAUUAUCACUUUAUUAUAAAGGUUAGAUAUUUUCUUCUCUUAAGUUCCUGUGUCAUAUUACCUGAUCUAAUCUGAUUUCAGAACCUGAUCUUGUUUUAAUCUGAUCAGAUUACUUUUGGACAAACGGGCCGUCUGCACUAACUGUAGAAUAGAAACAUCACUAAUAUCUUUAUAACCUGAUAGACUGGUGUGAUUUCUGCCUGAUGAUGUUUUCUGUGUCUUAGUAGCUGAGAGUUAAUCCGCCUCCCGGAGAGUUUACACCUGAAAUCUUAAAAACUGUUGAACUUAAACUCGACUUUAAAAGCUUUAAUUUGUAGGAAUCAAACCUUCAAACUUUUGUGUUCAGGGUCCGGCCUCCGUUGUGUCGGGUGUUCCCUCCAUCCUCCUCAGCUCCAUGACGACGGAAUCUGUCUGUGAGCGGGUGCGGCAGAUUGAAGGCAUUGAUCAGAGCAUGAUGGGACAGUACAGCGCCACCAUUAGGAAGGUCAGUGACUGCACAAUUUGACUCCUCCACGUAGGUAUGAUAGUUACCAGAGUAAAUCCAGUAACAGGUUUUUGUUUCUGCCCUCAGGCGAAUGUUAAUGGCCGAGUUUUGUCUCAGUGUAACAUCGACGAGCUGAAGAAAGAGAUGAGCAUGAACUUUGGAGACUGGCAGCUCUUCAGAGCCACGGUCAGUCCACAAAACAUGGCCGACUUCAGUUUUAUCUCUGUAUGUCUAACAGUUUCAGGUGAGCUGUAACACCCGUCAUCUUCUCCUCCACUUGUUCACAGGUUCUGGACAUGCGCCUCAUAGAGAGUCAGGUGCUGCAGGAGGAAGCCGCCAGUGAGCAAGGCAGUGUGGUGGGCGGUCACAGUGAAGCAGGGAGGCGAGCUGUGGCCCCGCCUCUUGCCGGCGCUGCCAACACCGACGCCUCACCGAUGUACAGCUUCAACCUGAGCUUUGAAGAGCUUAGCAACGUGGGACUGGAUGAAACGGCGCGCCAUGGAAACAUACAGUGGAUGGUAAACUACACUGACUUUAGAAAUAAAGACAGUUGAGAUGAUCUGUAAGUAACAUUCUCAGUCUGUCUUUAAAUGUUCUGCUGCUGUUCUCUGUGUGUCCUCAGGGUGGCGCUCACAGGACUGCCAGCAUGACAAGUCUAAACUCUCAGGAGUCAUCUAACGACAUCGGCAAGCUGACCGACAAGCAACAGGCCGAGUACCGCAACGCCUACCAGGAGUAUAUCGCGCAGAUGGCUCAGCUGGAGAUGGGCGGAGGAAGCGGGGAGCGACCUGUCCAGCCACAGCCAGGACAGUUUAUGACAUCAUCCUCAUCAUCAGAGGACAAGAACAAAGAUGGCGGCGAGCAGGAUGCUCGCAAGUCCUACAACAAAAGGAGUAGCAGCAAACCAGCGACUGACAACACCGACUUCACCUCCAAUGGCGAUGGUCUGGAUCCGAUCACUGAGGAGGACGAGAAGGGAGAACACGGGUCGUCCAAGUCCCUACUGACCCGUAAGACCUCAGCUGAGAGAGGCGGGCUGUUUCAAGGCGCCGCCGACCUGAAGCUGAAGGCUGCAGGCGGGCUGCGUUACCAGAAGCUGACCAGUGAUGACGAAGAGUCUGAGGAGUCCGAUAAUGCCCCGCUGCUCAAGGAUGGGAAGAAGCCCGUCGACCCCAAACUGCCCGGGGGCUCGCUGGCACUGAAGGGGAAAGACUACCUUUCAGACGCCAUGUUGGACAAGAAGGACUCAUCUGACUCAGGGGUCCGCUCCAACGAGAGUUCGCCAAAUCACUCACUGCAGGACGAGGAGGCAGACCUGUCCCAGCUGGAGAGAGCCAACCUGAUUGAGCUGGAUGAGGAGAGCCAGGCCAGGAAGAGAGGCCUUCCCAGCAGCCUCAGCGGCCUGCAGGACCCCACCGUGGCCCGGAUGUCCAUCUGCUCCGAGGACCAGUGCAGCCUGCUCGCCAGCAGCCCUGAGGAGAGCUGGCCCUCCUCCAAGUCCUUCAACCUGAACCGCACGCCCAGCAACGUCACGCUCAACAACAAUACCAACGCCCAGCAGGGAAACCGCCCCCGCCCACCUGCAGAGGGCUCCACCUCCUCCUCCUGCAACCCUACCUCCUCCUCCUCUUCCUCCAGUGACGCCAUCAUCUCCCCAAGCUCUGGGACCACCUCCAGCACCAGCACCACCUCCACCGGGACCCGCCCGGGUCCGAACAACGAGAACGUCCGAGUGGUCCACCUGAAGAGGGGCCUGAAACCUGGAGACCCGCCAGAGAUCUGCACCGUGUCCUCAGACACCGUCACCUUUGGCGAGGAGCGGGAGAGCAUCCUGUAAUGUCACUAUCACCUCAACGAUCAGGAGAGCACUGAGAGUUCACUUGGAGCCGCCUUCAACCUCAAAGUUUGACCAAUCAAAUCAAUACUUGGAAACCUUUUGAAAAUUUUUGGGUGCAUUGAAAACUGAUUGGCAGGUAUAAAAAAUGUUCAAGUAUUAUUUUUAAAGUUUAAAACAUGUGGCUCAUCUAAAAAUGUUUGACAAGUUAAAAAAGGGUCAAAAAAUUCCAGCCAGUUAAAAAAUAUUUGGUGAGUCACUGAGUUUUUGGCAAGUCUGAGAAAAGUUUGAUUGGUUCAAAAACUUUUUGCUGGUGAAAACGUUGUACCAGUCUAAAACAUGUUUGGCAAGUCCCCCCCCAAAAUUUUUUGUGUUCAAAAAAUGUUAGUAAGUUUGAAGAAAAGUUUAUUAAGAUUGAACAUUUUUGGCAGAUCCUCAAAAGCUUCUUGCAAUUCCAGAAAAUUGUCAGGUGCACUUAAAAAAUGUUUGGCUUUUGGUGCAGCCGAAAAAUGAUGAAAAGUAAAAAAUGGUUUGAUGAGACAAAAAACUGUGUUAGGGAGUUCAAAAAAUUGGGGAUGGGGUUAAAAUGUGGAGGGAGAAAAAAAAUUAUGGGUUCAAAAGCUUUUUGGCAAACUUUUGAUGAGUCCCAUUACUUUUAUAAGUCAAUACAAUGGUGAGUAAGAAGAUUUUGUUGCCUUUGAGAGAUGAAGAGCAGCUGCAGGUGGACUCGUAGUUUUACCUGUGGUGUAAUUCUCAGUAAGUCUGUGUUCAGUUUGCUGCAUGCUCACAGAUGUAGUCCAUAGAAAACCUUCAAUAGAAACGUAUGCUAACUUGGUGAAGCUGCAUGCAGCUGUUGUCGUUGUUGUUGUUGUGAUUUGUCGCCUCCAGAAAUUUAAACUUAAAAACACUUAAAACCUAAUUCACUUUAUUUGUCACCUACAAAUGUGAACAGUUUCUGUCUGAACCAGAUCCUAGAACUUUUUACUAUCUGCAUAUUCUGAUUUAAAUAGUUUUAACAGGGAAACAAAUCUGAUUAAGAAAAACAAGUAAAUGUAAUUUUCGGGGAACAUUUGUGUGAUUUCACUCUGCCCCUUAGUGACUGAUAACUCUAACUGCAGUCUAGAUGACAGUAAGACAGUUCUCUGUGUAGUUUAAUGUUAAGUAUUAAAUUUUACAAAGUGUAGGGCUCAGCUUGUGAUUCAGUUUAAUGUAAGGAAUAAAGGUUUUAUCAGCGCCCUCCUGUGGCUGAUAGAGGCACUGAACCUGAAAAACUAACAUUUGUCUUUGUAGUUUUAACAAGUUGUGCUUCACAGCUGAAAUAUCAUAAAAAGAAAACAUGCAGUAAAAAUAAAAUUAAGCAACUCUAGAGAAAGAAAUACUGCAGUAAGAAAACUGACAUGGAGGUUUUUCAAAAUAAAAGUCCAAAAAUGGGACAGACCUUAAAGUUUUUAACAGCAGAUCUACUGUAUAAUUUAUAUACAUAGAAGGCAACACUAGAGGCAGUUAAUGAAUGUCAUUUCUUUAAACUUUUACCUCACCAUCUGUUUAUUUUUUAAUUGAUUUUAAAAAAAUAACGAGGUUUGUUGUUCUGGAGGCCGUGAUGUGCUGCUACAGUUUCUUACACACUCAGCUCUGAUUUUAAGAAAGAUUCACUGGAUAGUUAACCUUCUUUGGACAUAAAAAGCUGCUACUGUUACUGUAAAAUCAUUUUUUAAACUCUUAAAAUCUGACUGAAACCCUGACACUCCAGUUUGUUAAAACAAAAACAAAACUUUGCCUUGUAUGACUAUGAAGAUAAUUUAGAUUUUUGCUGAAAUUGCUUGAUAAUUUAAAAGAAACAAACUUUAAAUCUGAAGAAAAGGGUGCCUAAAAUUUCAAAGGAAAAAGAAAACAUAAAAGUGAAAUCUGAAAGAGUGCUGAGGGUGUGGAAACUUUGCUUUUUGAUCAGUAUUAACUUGUAUCAGUUCACAGUGUUUGUGUGUAGAAAAAUAAAGUAAUUUUAACUUUUCAGGAGCUGAACGAACAAAUUUGUGAUCGUGUUUAAGUGUCGUAAAACAGAUCAGAGCUGAUACUGAGGACUGAAGGCUUUUAUUUUAAAGUUUUAACCGACUGAAACCAUAGAAUGUGUCGGUUAACCUCUUUUUAGUCUGAAGAAGUCAGCACAUUUGAAAUUAGGACUUUUGACUGAAAAUAUUCACUCAAAUUUAAAAACCAAAAAAAUUAAGAAGGGAAGAUUUUAGACAGCAACAAAAUCAGAAUGAUGAAAAAAAAAUGUCACAUUUUAGUUUGAAACAUUUUUAAAAAGUGUCAGAUUGUUCUCAGUAUCAGAUCAGAUGGUGUGUUCAGGUGUCAUCUGUAAAUCUGCAUGUUGAUGUUUUAGUAUUUGAUGGUCUCAGUGCUCUCUAACUCUUCAAAAGUGAAUUUAAUUUGUUGAAGGAACUAAAAGAAAUAAAGUCUGGAUGUUAAGUGUUGA